GAAGAAGCCACUGGCAAAAUAAAGUACAACGGCUGCGGAACUGCGUUGUAGUAGUAAUUUUUUUUGCACACAGCGUGGGCAUUGCAAAAGUCUCUUAAAAAAUUAAAAUUAAUUGCGAAAGUCUACAAACCAAAAACUACGAGGAACAUCGAGUGGCAGAUCUUGGAGAGCGGCGAAGCCACCACAUCCACUAAAAUGGCCGAAGAGUAUAUACCAGAUGUCAGCGUCAUGGACACGAUUGUGCCCGCCAUCCUGGGCCUGACCGCCGCUGCCGUGCUCUCGUCGGUGGCCUGCAUCUGCGCCAAGCAGAUGCGCAUCCGGAACAAGAAGCAGGGCCAGCACGAUGCCUCCUUCCCCUUCCAGCCGACCCGGCGUCCGACUGCCGUUCGCUCGCCCAGCGGCCAGCCGCCGCACUAUUUGAAGAAGUCACCCUCACCGACCGGAGGCAAGCAGAUGGGUCUGCUCUCGCCGAUGCAGGACCAGUCCACUUCCCCAAUUGCCCAGCCCAAUGUGCGGUAUGGUGAGGAUGAUGAGCAACCGCAUCCGGAGCAGCAAUCGGGCAACAAACUGACCGUGGUGGAUGGCAAUGGUCUAAAGCAGGUGCAGCACAACAAUCACCACCACUCGCCAGUGGAGACUAUUGCCAACGGGAGCGUGACCAUCACUCUGGACGACCAGGCGCUGGCCAAUGGCAAGGAGCUGACCGUGACCGAUCAGUACGGCAAGCUGGGCACCAUCUACUUCAAGCUGCGCUAUCUGGCCGAACGGAACGCCCUGAUGGUCUCCAUCAUCCGCUGCCGCGGGCUGCCCUGCAAGGGCGGAUCAGGAGGCACCGGCGACAUACCCACCGGCAUGAACGGACGCACCCAGGCUGCCACGGAUCCGUAUGUUAAGCUGCAGCUGCUGCCGGAUAAGCAGCACAAGGUAAAGACCCGCGUGGUGAGGAAUACCAGGAACCCGGUCUAUGACGAGGACUUCACCUUCUACGGCCUGAAUAUGAACGACCUGCAGAACAUGUCGCUGCACUUUGUGAUCCUCAGCUUCGAUCGGUACUCGCGGGACGACGUCAUCGGCGAGGUGGUGUGCCCAUUGUCCUCCAUUGAGAUUGGUGACAUUUCCAAGGAGGCCCUGUCCAUCAGCAAGGAGAUUCAGCCGCGCAGCCUCAAGAUUCGCGCCCAGGGACGUGGCGAAUUGCUCAUCUCGCUCUGCUGGCAACCAGCAGCCGGUCGUCUCACGGUGGUCCUCCUGAAGGCCAGAAACUUGCCCCGCAUGGAUGUCACCGGUCUGGCCGAUCCCUACGUCAAGAUCUAUCUGCUUUACAAUGGACAACGCAUCGCCAAGAAGAAGACCCACGUGAAGAAGCGGACCCUGAGCCCCGUUUUCAACGAGAGCUUCGCCUUUGAUAUUCCCGCCGCCGAGGGCACUGGCGCCAGUCUGGAGGGUGUGUCCUUGGAGUUGAUGCUGCUUGACUGGGAUCGCGUGACCAAGAAUGAGGUUAUUGGUCGCCUGGAGCUGGGCGGACCCAACUCGAGCAGCACCGCCCUGAACCACUGGAACGAGGUGUGCAACUCGCCGCGCCGCCAGAUCGCCGAGUGGCACAAGCUGAACGAGUAGGCAGUGGGAUGAGGCAACCACCGCCUGGGCGCUGGCGCCGUUUAGGGAGAGGGAACAGAAGCAGGAACCGGAAAUCGGAUACAAAAGCGGAAGCGAGAGUCAUACGGUUCUUGAGUAUGAGCUCGAUCCCAAUCUGAAUUCGACUUGUGUUUAGUUUUUAUAAUUUUUAUAUAUUUCAUUCGUAAUGAUUUCCUAAGUUUUCCUUAAUCUGUUGAUUUCUGGGGAAGAAAUACUUCCCUAAUUGGGUUGCUUUCCAACAGAGUCCCCGAGGGCAGUUAAAAAAUAUUUAGCAAGCAACCAACCAAACCACUAAGUAAAUUAAAUGUAUUAGAAAAUGUUUAGGACCUAAAGAAUGCAUGUAAAUGUAAGAUAAUUCAGAAGCAUCGUACUAUAUAAAUGUUUGCGAAAUGCGAAAAUGUAAUGUGCAAAGGAAAAUUCAACCUACUUGUAAUGAACACCGAUUUUUGUUGCUGUAUAGAACUUUGAUUAUUCAACGCUUCGAGUAACCUUCAUCUCCUCUCUGUAUGAUUUUCAUAUCAAGUCCCAUUUGAUGUGCCCACCACAAAGGAAAACUGAACUCGGCUCUCGAUAGCUACACGAAAUUAUUAACCAGGCAUGCAUAUGUAUAAAAUAUCUAUGAUGAUACCCAACUCUUAGGCAUAAUGUUUGUGUAUAAUUUGGUUACGAUUGCUUUGGGCUUUCCGUUCAAUUGUAAAGUAAUCAAAACGAACACCGAGACGAGGCUCUGGCUGGGUGUCCAGAUAGAAGCUUACUGCUUAUCACUUUAUACGUACUCCCUAACAUAACUAAAACUACAUACGAAUAAAAGGUAAACCAAAUUGAAUCUAGAGAGAACACGCAGCAGAAUGCUUAGCACCAAGAAGCUACAAAACCACACACAAAAUCGAACGAACAGGUCAGAGGAAAACCAAAGGGGAAAACAUCAAUUCGGAGAGAAAUCAACACACAAAUCGACACCGUAAUGUAAGCAGCAUAGUACACGUAGAAAUCGAAUACCACUAACUCUAGAGUAUACCACACUCACGAAUAGCUCAAACCGAACGCAAUACCUACUCUCGAGCUCCAGGGAGUAUCUGGCGGCACUACAUAUAGCUGUAAAGGAGAUAAAGGACAUAGGGGAUCUCCGGAGAAAGCUUAGCUUGCGGAAGAAGACACCGAGUCAUUAUCACCGAGUGUACUGAAUGCAAUUAUGAACUAUAACCGACCUACAUAUACAUAUAUAGACAUCAGACCGCUUCUUCGUAUAUUUUGUAAAAUGAAUGUUAGUCCAUUGAAACCCUUGAAUAACUCGUACGUACAUACAGCCAUAAGGAUAUAUACAGGCAUCCGAGAGAAUGCAGAAUACAACUUCACUUUGUGUCCAAUCAAAACUUCAAUUCGUCUAAUGGGAAAACAAUAAUUACCAGUACAUAUGCGAUGAGCUAUUGCAAUGGCACCCAAAUUAUAUGAGAUGUGUAUAAUUCUACAUUAUAUGUAAUAGUAAUUGUAAGCUACAUAAAAUGGUUAAUUUCCGUAAUAAAACAUAUUAUAUAAAAUAAAUGUA